AUGUCAAACAAGUUUCAUUGUGAUGUUUGCUCAGCUGAUUGUACGAACCGAGUCAGAGUUUCAUGUGCUAUUUGCCCGGAGUACGACUUAUGUGUGCCCUGCUUUUCACAAGGAUCAUACACAGGAAAUCAUCGUCCUUACCACGAUUAUCGGAUUAUAGAGACCAAUUCAUAUCCCAUUCUUUGCCCUGAUUGGGGUGCAGAUGAGGAAUUGCAAUUGAUCAAAGGGGCACAAACUUUAGGGCUCGGCAAUUGGCAAGAUAUUGCUGACCAUAUAGGCAGUAGAGACAAAGAAGAAGUUAAGCAACAUUAUUUAAAGUAUUAUUUGGAAAGCAAUUAUUAUCCAAUACCUGAUAUUACUCAAAAUAUACAUGUUCCACAAGAUGAAUUUUUAGAACAACGAAGGCAUAGAAUCGAGUCAUUCAGAGAAAGGCCAUUAGAACCUCCAAGAAAGCCCAUGGCAUCAGUUCCUAGCUGCCAUGAAGUGCAGGGAUUUAUGCCCGGCAGAUUGGAGUUUGAAACUGAAUUUGAAAAUGAUGCGGAGGGACCCGUUAAAGAUAUGGUUUUUGAACCCGAUGAUCAGCCUUUAGACAUUGAAUUGAAGUUUGCCAUCUUAGAUAUUUAUAAUUCCAGAUUAACGACAAGGGCGGAGAAGAAAAGACUAUUGUUUGACAACCAUUUGAUGGAUUACAGGAAAUUGCAAGCUAUUGAUAAAAAAAGAAGCAAAGAAUCCAAAGAGUUGUACAACCGCAUUAAACCUUUUGCUCGAGUUAUGACUGCACAGGAUUUUGAGGAAUUCAGUAAGGAUAUACUAGAAGAAUUACAUUGUAGGACAAGAAUACAACAAUUGCAAGAAUGGAGAAGUAAUGGGUUAACCACGUUAGAAGCAGGACUCAAGUUUGAACGAGAUAAGCAAGCUAGAAUUAGUACUUUCGAGAAAUUUGGCUCUUCUACGGCGGCAUCAUUAAAUGAGGGCAAUGGUCGUUAUAGAUCGAACUCCGCACAUAGAUCAAACGCAGAAUACACCCAAAACUAUAGCGAAAAUGGUGGUAGAAAGAAGAACAUGACCAUAAGUGAUAUUCAGCAUGCAUCUGACUACGCACUAUUAUCCAACGAUGAACAACAACUUUGUAUACAGCUCAAAAUACUACCAAAACCGUAUCUUGUCAUAAAAGAGGUGAUGUUUAGGGAGCUGUUGAAGACUGGCGGUAACUUGAGCAAAGGCGCGUGUAGAGAACUACUAAAUAUAGAUGCCAUCAAAGCAAAUAAAAUAUACGACUUUUUUCAGAAUGAAAAUUGGAUGUAA